AUUCUCCUUUGGCUCCAGGUACUGUGGAUCUAAUUAAGGUGCUGAAUUUUCCAGCUGAAGAAUUGAAUGGAAGACCGAAGGGUGUCUCACAAAUAAACGGGCGAUGUACAUCAAGACCAGUUGAUACUCAAGUUUAUCCUCCCACGGAAAGAAUAGACCGUGCUUAUAGAAUAAACGAAGUCUCUAUCACCCGACAAGCUAACGAGUUAUUCGGAGAAUACUUACCUGCGGACUAUUCAAUCCUCUUGACGUUAAAAUUAACGGGGUCAAAGAGCCAAGCGCUGUUUAGUAUCAUCAAUGAGCAAGGUAAUGAACAACUCGUCGUCAAUGUUGGUGGAAAUUCUCGCAUUGGAGUCGUCGGCAAUAAUGGACAAAUUAACAGACAUAGAUUCGACAUGAGUAUUUUAGGCGAUGGAGGAUGGCAUCGAGUGGCAUUAAGGGUGAGCGGAAACCAGGUCUCCUUGACCAUCAAUUGUCUAACCCCCCAAAAGUGGACGAUUGAGAGGAGUAUAAGGCCCUUCCCUCUCGAUCAGGGAGUGUUCCUUCUCUUUGGCUCAAACAUCAAUGGAAAGGCUAAUUUUGAUGGUCUCAUCCAACAAGCACUCAUCAUUCCAGACCCAGCUGCAGCAAACCUUCAAUGCACAGAUUACGAUGUUGACUGCGCCGGUGCUGCCAACGUCUUCUUGGAAGAAGCAAGGCUUCCAGAUUUAAAUACUGGCGAGCAGGUGAAUGGACCGGUGAAUGUAUACGAUGGUUCUGGUUAUGGAGAGGGUAGCGAUGGCUUUAGCUAUGACAUCUCGGUCAUUGACCCAGGGCUAAAAGUCGUGGUUGCAGGUGAAGGAGCAGGACCCAUCAGUGCCAGUGGUGACAACAGGGGAUCUAAAGGACAAAAGGGAAACCAAGGAGAAAGCCGGAUUGAACACUAUGCCGGACCAGUGGGACCAGCAGGACCAAGGGGGUAUGCUGGGCCACCGGGACCGGAUGGACCUAGCGGCGGACCAGGAGUGAAAGGAGAACGGGGCAGGCCGGGGCGAGAUGGAGUUGACGGGGUGAAUGGUUUAAGAGGACCACCUGGACCAAGCUUUAUCGUUCCGGCAGCAGUAAUGUCAGCCAUGUCUGAUGCAGCAUCUAGCAGUAAAGGACCAGGAAGUCAAGCCAACCUGGCAGCCAUCAGACAGGUUUUGGAGGAACAGAGGAUAGCAAUGAGAGGAGAAAGGGGACCUCCGGGAACACAGGGUUCAAAUGGUCCUUUGGGUCCUCCAGGACCAGAUGGGCCUAAGGGAGACCCGGGCUCCUUGGGAGACUUUGGACCACGUGGACCAUCAGGAACACCAGGUCAGCCAGGACGUUCAGGCAAGAGGGGUCGUCCUGGUAAGGAUGGAGGUCGAGGUCCAGCUGGUAUUGGUGGAGAGAAAGGAGAUCGUGGCUACGAUGGGUUGCCAGGAUUACCUGGUGUGAAAGGAACGUUUGGACGAUCAGGAGACACAGGACCUCAGGGAGACUCAGGACCAAAAGGACGAAAUGGAGAGGAAGGGCCUUACGGAGACCCAGGCCCAUCCGGUCCCCCAGGAAUCCGAGGAGCACCAGGUUCGAGAGGGCCAGCAGGACCUCAGGGUAUUUCAGGACUUGAAGGAGAGCCAGGUGGACCUGGACCAAAAGGACCAGUUGGUCUUCCAGGUGUCGCUGGAGGUCCUGGACCGAUGGGCAAACAUGGACCUGUGGGUGCAAUGGGUCCACAGGGACAGAGUGGGCCACCUGGAGUCCAGGGUCCCGUUGGUAAGCCUGGUAUUCCUGGUGUUCCUGGAACUGACGGUCCAGCUGGUCACCCAGGUCAAGAUGGACAGUCUGGCGCCAAGGGAUCAAUGGGUGCACCAGGAUCUAUCGGUGUUUCAGGCUACACUGGACCCAUGGGAGUGAAAGGAGCUCGAGGAAUCUUUGGAAAUUCUGGGCAGAAGGGUAACUCAGGUAUGGAUGGUCUGCCAGGUUUCAAGGGAGAGCUGGGAAUGAAAGGAGAAAGGGGACAACUAGGAGUACCAGGUCCUCGAGGAUCUGAAGGAAUCGGUGGACCCAAGGGUGAACAAGGUAUGCCUGGUGAAGCUGGACCCAUUGGCACAUAUGGAGAUCAGGGUCCACCAGGCCCACCCGGUAUCCCCGGUUACCCUGGAAACGUUGGUGAAAAGGGAGAGUUGGGUCACAGUGGAAAGCGUGGAAGGUCAGGAAGAAAGGGAUCAAGGGGUCCAUCUGGCAUGAGAGGUCCAAUUGGACCUGGUGGUCCUAUGGGAGGACCUGGAUCUCGUGGUCCACAAGGUAUUCAAGGAGUCCCUGGUGAAUAUGGAGAACAGGGAGAACGUGGACCUCCGGGACCCGUUGGUGACCAGGGACCACCAGGACAACAAGGACCUCGUGGAUUUGCAGGAGGAAAGGGACCUAAUGGACCACCUGGUCAAGAUGGUAUGCCUGGAUUCCCUGGAUCUCGUGGAGAGUCUGGUAUGGAUGGAGAGUCAGGUACCCCAGGACCUGCUGGUGUGAUUGGGCCUCAGGGUCCUCCAGGAGAACCAGGAUCAUCAGGACCAACAGGAUUCCCUGGACCUCCAGGAAGCCCUGGUGAGGCUGGUCUUCCCGGUAACGAUGGACUUACUGGUCCACAGGGUGUGAGCGGUCCCGUAGGUCCACCAGGUAUCCAAGGACCUGAGGGAGCAAGAGGUUUCUCAGGAGAACGUGGAUUGAGAGGAGAACAGGGUAUUGAAGGAAUGAAGGGAGAGGAUGGUCCUCCUGGACAAUCGGGUCCUCCGGGUGUUCAAGGUCAACUUGGGCCCCCAGGACCACCAGGAGGAGUUGGUCUACCGGGUCGCCCUGGAGAUCAAGGACCAAUCGGACCUUCAGGAGAAAGGGGUGAUGCGGGAGAGGAGGGUUCUAUGGGACCUGCUGGUCGUGAUGGUAUGCCAGGUCCAAGAGGACCCCCAGGACCCAUCGGCCAGCCGGGCCCACAGGGUCCAGAGGGAGAAAGAGGAGACAGUGGACCAAUUGGAAUCAAGGGAACCAAGGGAGAGCGAGGCGAAGGGGGACCACCCGGUCCACCAGGCGAAAGAGGACCACUUGGAGAAUCUGGACCACCCGGAGACGAUGGAGAGCAAGGUAUUCCAGGCCAGUCAGGACCCCGUGGACCGAAGGGAGAAGAAGGGUCAGGAGGUAACCCAGGUGCUCCAGGACCUAUCGGUUUACAGGGUAUGCCUGGUCCUUCUGGUAGUAAGGGAGAAACUGGAGAUCCUGGUCUAACAGGAGCUCCAGGUCCACAGGGUAACCCAGGAAAACGUGGAUCUACUGGAAGUCAGGGUAUCCAAGGGCAACCAGGACCCCGUGGUGACAAUGGAGCAGGCGGUUUGAAGGGAGACAAAGGAGAUCCUGGUCCAAAUGGAAGAACAGGCAGAGAUGGACCCAGGGGCUUCAAAGGUGAUUCAGGUGUCAAGGGUGAACCUGGUUCAACUGGUCUCCCUGGUAACCCAGGACCACGCGGUAUUGAGGGACCUUCUGGACCCAAAGGAAACCAGGGUCCACUUGGAUUCCCAGGAGAACUUGGUCUACCAGGACCAGAAGGAGUACCGGGAACCAUUGGUGAGCCAGGACAAUCAGGAUCUGAUGGAGACCCAGGACCAAUUGGUAUGCAAGGAAUAUCUGGUGAUCCAGGCAGACCAGGACCUCGUGGAAGACCGGGUACCCCUGGCUCACAAGGUCCUUCAGGAAGAGAGGGUCCUAAGGGAGACCCAGGUGAAGAUGGUCCUCCUGGUCUACGUGGAGAUCCUGGUCCAUCUGGUGACAAUGGUCCACAAGGUCCUCAAGGACCACCCGGAUUAAGAGGUCUCCCUGGACCAGAGGGCAACCCAGGAGAACCAGGACCUCCAGGCGCACCUGGAGCACAAGGUCAAGUUGGAAUCCAAGGACCUACUGGAGCCCAAGGUGACCCAGGCCCACUUGGACCUAAGGGAGAUCGUGGAUUCCUUGGCCGAACUGGAGAGGUUGGAAUAAUGGGAGAGAAGGGAGACAAGGGAAGCCAAGGAGAAGGUGGUCCUCAGGGACCCAAGGGAGACCCUGGUUCUGAAGGGCCACGUGGUGUGAUGGGACCUGAAGGACCACCCGGUCUACCGGGUAGAGAUGGUUUAUCUGGAGCUAAGGGAGAGCGAGGAGACUUCGGUGUGGUUGGAGAUAGGGGAGCACCAGGAUCUCCUGGACAACCUGGACCACCAGCAACAGCAGAGUAUCUCCAAGCCAUGUUGGACCGUGGCAUGCUCACGCUCCGUCCAGAUAUGUAUCCCAACUUCGGCGCUGGUUUCGGAGGCGGAGGAGCCGGUGCCUCGACAGACGGUGAACAAACCUUUGAAGCUACCGGAAGUGACGUUCCCUUGUCCACCUCCAGCUCCAAUCCUUUCGGAGGCACCAAGAGGAGAAAGCGACAGGUGGGUCCCAGUGAUCUACCAUCAGAUGGAGACUUCCUGGGCAUUGACGAGCUUCUGGGUAAUGGUAUGCAGGGCAUCGAUGAUCUACCCGAUAUGCCUUUCAGAUACGUGCCCGGCUUUGAUGAACUCCCUCUCCCCUACGUCAAAGCCAUGGAGGUGCUCUUCUCGUCGCUCGACCAAUUGCAGACAGACGUCGAGGGCAUCAAAAAACCAAAUGGAACCAAGGACAACCCCGCCCGUACCUGCAAGGAUCUCCUCAUGUGCCAUCCAAAGACUCAAGAUGGGUAUUAUUGGAUUGAUCCUAACGAGGGUUGCCCUGACGAUGCAUUCUAUGCAUUCUGCAACAUGACGGCUGGCGGUGACACCUGUCUAGCGCCCGAUAACACCACCGGACAUCAUUUCUACAAUUACACGGAAGAAAAUUCGACAGAAACUAAAGGAUACCGCAAAGCAGUUCCAGGAGAGUGGUUCCUGGAGAAUUUGAGAGGAAAAGAGUUUUCCUACCAAGGAGGCAUCGUCCAACUGACGUUCCUACGUCUGCUGAGCUCCAAGGCCACGCAGAAGUUCACAUACUCGUGUGUGAAUGGUGUAGCGUGGUAUGAUGAGGCAGAGGAUAGCUUUGAUAAUGCCAUCAGACUUCUAGCUUCCAAUGAUGAAGAGUUCACGUUCGAUGGCCUCAAUCAACCUAAGGUCAUCAAGGACGAGUGCAAGAAUAAGCCCUCGCUUGGUGAGACCAUCUUAGAAGUCAAUACAUCAAAGCUUCAUCAGCUUCCAAUUUCUGACUUUGCUCCUCUCGAUUUCGGGAGACGCAACCAGAAGUUUGGCUACACGGUUGGUUCCGCGUGUUUCAACUAGAAGUAGGGGCAAGCAACAUAUGUGUGCCUGAUGGUGGUAGCAGAACCAUGACACAUCAGCACCGGAAAAAAAGCAACAAUGAUUAAAGAGAUCGGUACCAAAAAUCAAAGAAAAGUUUGUUGCUUUUUUAUGAAAAGAAAAAGAGUUUCGGUUCAUCCCAUGAGUAGUAGACUAGCAGCUGCGCCUGGAUUACUUCCGGGUUACAACAACACUCACACACCCUUUCAUCAAGAGUGAUUGUCGAUUUUUGUUUGUAUUAUUUUAUAUAACUGUAUCAUUUUAAGUGUAGUUGAUGGAUCCAAUCCCCCCUGAGUGACAAUACAGGAUCCUAUGAAAUGGUGCUAUUUUCUACAGAUUAUUUUCAUCUGUUUUAAGAAGUUUGAAGAAAAAAAAAUUAUGAUGAUGAAAAAAGUGUUGUGAAUAACAAUGUAUUGAUAUUUUUACACAAAUCUUUUUUUUUCAACAGGACAAAUUUUAUAAAUAAAAAAAAAAAUGAGUAGGCUUUGUAAUAGUAUUUUUCAAGCUUCGUCUUUUAACCAGUAGAUGUAGUAGAAGUAGACCACAGUCUUAGUUAUUGCUUCUGUAUCCUACUAGUAUCUAGUAGAUCUGUUUUUCCUCUUUCUCUCUCUCUCUCUGCUUAUUUGUAGAUGACACACAUUUGUUUUCUUCUCGCGUUGUAUAUUAUUACCGCUGCCAGUAACUGUGUCUUGGAGUUUUCAUUUCUAUUUUUAUAGUAGUUUGGAUUAGAUAGUGAGGAAUGUAAUUACAAGCAAAUGUAGACUUUUUUUAAACAUGUAAGAUUAUUUCAGGUAAAUUGGGGGAUUUUUGAUAAGUUUGUGUAUUGUACAGUCAUAUUUAGGCACGUUUUUCUAGCUAAAUUUGGUGGUUUGUUGUAGGUCUUUUAAGUCAGUUAUAUUUUUCUUCUUUUUAAGUAAAUAAUUAUCAAAUAUUCAGUAUUUGAUGUAUAGCGUCUUUUUGUUUAUAUAUCAGCCUAUGUUUGAAAGAGUAACUCUUGUUUUAGCUGUAAAUCAUUCUGUGCCUUGCCUGAAGCCGCUGCUGCUGUGUGUAAUGCCUAUGCUCAUUGAAAAAACGAAUAAAAUCGAUAACAUUUAUAGUGAAAACUUCAGUAAGAAUUGUCAGUUAUCUUAGACAUCCAUUUUUUAAAUAUGCCAUUGUAGUGCAUUAUCAGUAUUUCACAGUAUACCAUGACCGUAUCAAGCUGCAGUACUACCUAGGCAGAACAAGAAGAAUUAAUGUGAGCAAACAUUAUUCGAGAAGGCUCUACCUCCAAUAUGAAAGGACAUUAUAGAUUAGCAUCUACUUGAUGAGAAUGAUAAUCGGAAACUCUUCAUGAAAGAAAAAGAAAAGCAUUAUAUGUGAAGUCUUCCAAUUCCCCUGUCCCAACAGCUUAUAUUGAUGGAGAAAAAAAAGUAAUAUAAAAGUUGUCAGGUUUCUAUGAAAAUUAUGAUUGGGAAGUAUUAAGUCAUAUUUUAUUACCUCAUCGUUAUUUUGUUUUCUUUUUUCUGCUUGAUAAUAUUUUGGGGAGAAAAAGAAGAACAAACGAUUACAUUUCCUGUGGUGUGAACAAAUAUACUCAACUUCAUUGUUAAAAGUUUGAUUGUUAAUAAACAAGAUAUGAGUUUGGAUCUGUUUUUUGUUUUUCUAAGAUGGAUAAGUUUGUGAAUAAAUUUUUGUGACCAAUAAAAGCCUUGGGAAUUUUCUGCCCCCUGAAUUGAACAAAAAAAAA